GUCUUCUUCCGGUCCUGGUGCCCUCUGAAUUUGUUGGGAACUUUCAUGCAUUCACAGGACUGCCCUCAUCGCAGCUUCCAUCGCUAUUCAUGCCCUUAUCUCAUUCUCGACAUGUACAAGCUGUGCUCGUGAGUAUUACGGCGUCCCUUGAUCCUGAUAUGUCCUCCGUCCAGAAGAUGGACGCCUCGCCAGGAGCAGCACUCAAAAGCGCAGGCUGACCGACAACCAUCCCGGUGCCCCCUCAUCCUGACCGUCCUCCGCCGCCAUGUCGAACAACACGAACCCUUAUGCGCCCUCGGAUGAGCCGCCCGAGUUGAUGUUGGCUGACCGUACCAACUUCAUCGGCGCUAUACUCUGCGGAAGCGCUUGGGGUAUUCUGCUCACCGUCGCUUUCAUGACGGUGCAGGCGCUUUUGGCCUCCUUGCGCUCGAACCCGCAUUGGAGCCGGACGGCGAUGCCCCUGCUCGCCUUUGUAGUUAUCAUCGUGGCCUGCGGGACGCUCAACUUUGCCGGGAACACCGACAUUAGCCGCCGCAUGUUCGUCGAGAACCGAAUGUACCCGGGCGGGCCAUCCAUGUUCUUGAACGACCAUUACGACGAUCCCAUGGAUGUGCUCGGGAACGCGGGCUAUAUCAUCGCGAACUUCUUCGCCGACGCACUUCUGCUCUACCGCUGCUACGUCGUAUGGGCCAAGAAAUGGUGGAUCAUCGUCAUCCCCGGCUGUGUCUUCAUAGCUUCUACGACGAUGUCCAUCUUCUUGUUGUACCAGGUUAGCCAGCCGACGGAGAGUCUGUGGUUGCACGUCGAUGUCGGGCUUACAUAUUUCUCCCUCUCGCUGGCGGUUAAUUUAUUACUGACCCUCCUCAUCGUCGGUCGGCUUUUGUCCCUGAGCAACCAAGUGACGCGCAUGCUCGGCUCUCAACAUGCACGCACGUAUACCAGCGUUGCCGCGCUGCUUGUGGAGAGCGCCGCGCCGUACGCAGUGGUGAAUCUCAUCUUCAUCGUCACCUACGGCAUCGGCAGUCCCGGGUCGAACGUGGUCUUGCCUGUUCUGUCGCAGAUCAUGUGCACGAGCUCGGUGCUCAUCAUCUUGCGCGUAGCAAACGGCCGCGCCUGGAGUCAGCAGACGACGGAGAUCGCGCGCAAUAGGGCGGGCAUCUCGGGGGGCCGCUUCACAAACGGGAACGAGUCGGGCACCAUGGUCUUGUCGGACGUGCAUUUCAAGAGUGGGGUCUCGCGGGCUAGCGAGUCCGAGUCUAAGGCUUGAGCUUCUGAUGUAUAGUCUCUUGAGGAUAGUUGUAGGUGCUGCGCUGGAUUAUUUAUUCUAGUCCACUCCACGAAGGACCCUCACGCUCGGUGAAACGUCUGAGCAACAGAUGCAGCUCUAUUCAGCC